UCAGGCCGAUGGAUUAUUGACGAUAUGACAGGUCAACGGGUGAAGCUUGCAUGCAUAAACUGGGCGGCUCAUUUGGAGCCUAUGGUGGCCGAGGGGCUGAACAAGAUACGUUUGAAUGAAAUGUCAAUGGUAAUACAUGUAAAUGGGUUCAACUGUGUCAGGCUUACUUGGCCACUCUACCUCGUCACUGAUUCCUCCAUGGAACCGGCCGUCACCGUCCGUCAGUCCUUGCUCCGACUCGGCCUUAAUUCAUCUAUCGAAGGAAUCUUAGAAUUCAAUGAUUGGAUAUUAGAUCUACCCCUCAUUCAAGCUUUCAAGGCUGUGGUAUCAAACCUUAGAAGCAACAAUGUAAUGGUGAUACUAGACAAUCACAUAACCAAGCCAGGCUGGUGCUGCAACUACCAUGAUGGCGAUGGCUUCUUCGGGGAUGACUUGUUCAACCCUAGCGAGUGGAUCUCAGGACUGACCAAAAUGGCAGGAAUGUUCAAAGAAGACGACAAUGUAAUAGGCAUGAGCCUAAGAAACGAGCUCAGAGGUCCAAGACAGAAUGUUCCAGACUGGUACAAGUUUAUGCAAAUGGGGGCUGAGGCAGUGCACAAGGCGAACUCUAAUGUUCUAGUUAUACUAUCGGGACUUGACUUCGACACUGACCUAAGCUUCCUCUUGAAUAAAAAGGUCGAUGUAUCUUUUACAACCAAGUUGGUGUACGAGAUGCACUGGUAUAGCUUCACUAACGGUGACACCUGGGACUCUAAUUUGAAUGAUGCUUGCAGUUUUGUAACUUCCAGAGUGAUGAGCAGAGCGGGAUUCUUACUAAGUCACGGAUGGCCCUUGUUUGUGAGUGAGUGGGGAGUCAAUCAAAAGGGAGAAAACAAUUUUGAAAACCGAUACUUAGAUUGUUUUCUGGCAUUUGCAGCUGAACAUGAUGUGGACUGGGGUCUUUGGGCAUUGCAAGGGAGUUAUUAUCUCAAAGAAGGAAACGUUGAUGUGGAGGAGUUCUAUGGUUUUAAUAAUUUUACUUGGAGGACACGGAGGAAUAUUACAUUCUUCAAUAGGAUCUAUAAACUGCAAACUCCCUUCCAAGGUCCAGGACUCAACCAUGCGCUCCAUACAGUACUCUACCAUCCAGUAACUGGGUUGUGCGUCAACCCAUUUGAGUCAUAUAAGUUGCAGUUAGGCUCCUGCAACUCAGCGAAAGGGUGGAGAUACACGAAGGAGAAAAUGAUCCAACUUCAAGGAACAACCUUAUACAUGAAACAAUCGGGUCAAGAUGGGAGCGUGAUGCUUGUAGACUAUCAUACUGACCCUAGUUUGAAAUGGGAGCUGGUAUCUACAACAAAAAUGCACAUCUCUUCACAGAGUGAGACUUAUUUGUGCCUGGAUGUGGGCAAAUUUAACAAUACUCUCGUGACGAGUCCAUGCAGGUGUCUUAGUAAAGACAAAGACUGUGGCCCUCAGGAUCAAUGGUUCAAGAUGAUUUCCAGUAAUAGACCAGUAGUGGAGCAACUAUAACAUAUUAGCAUUUGGAGAGA